UCAGAGGCAUCCUAAAUUGAGCUGAAAUGAGGGAAUGAGGGAGGGAAGGAAGAAAAGAGAGAGGGAGAGAGAACAGAGGGAGAGAGAGAGAGAGGGAGAGUGCGCAAGGCAGAGAAUGCAGAUCGAUGCCUCUUGCUGCUUCAGCAUGUAAAGGUGUGAGCGAAUCAAAACAAACGAGGAGCAGACGGAGAGGAAAGGAGAGGAGAGGAGAGGAGGAGAGCAGCAGGGAGGAUAAAGGAGGGGAGGAGAGUGGAAGAGGAGGAGGAGGAGGAGGAGGACAGCAUCCAGUCAUUCGUCUCUGUGAGCAUGGCCGCUGCCCGCUUAUGUCCAGCUUAUAAGAGUGGACAGGUGUUGUGUUCGAAGCUCACGUGCAGCCGUGAGUCAUUUCGGAUAAGCGGCCACUUCACUUUCCGGACCUGAAGGGAGGUUUUCCAGGAGAUGCGGCGCAAGGCUGCAGGAUGCUCUGGAGUUUCAGCUGUAACACAUAGAGAUGCAACAGCUUGGCCAAAUGCCCUGAUUUCUGCUUUGGUGUCCUGCUGAGCUGGUCGCCGUGGAGAUGGGUCGACGGGCGGCCGAUCCGACCACUCCUGUGCCCGUGCUGGGAGUGCCCGCUCUGGUAGGGGUCCGUGGCUGGAGGGCUCUGACGUGGACCCAUCAGUGUAACGUUGGGGUCCAGACAUCUCCUGCUAUUCGGCCCACUUUACGGAGCUAUCAGUCACAGUCGGAGACCCAGCAGGCAGACACUGUCACCAUCCAAUCAGAGAAGAAAGUGAGCAUACCACCCAAUGGCCACAUCUCUAAUGAUUCUGGCACAGAGGACGAUGCUAAGAAGGACCGAAAAAGGAGUAUUUUUGUUAAACAGAGGAGUCUUGAGACAAAGACAAAGAAGGGAGUGACGUUUCAAGGUCUGGACGUCGAGUUACCUGAGGAUGCCAGCAAGGGCGUCAAAAGCGAGGUGCACACUCGGACAAUCAAAACUAACCCUCGUUUGCAUGGGGGCAUGGCCAACGGCAGGGCGAAAGGGAGGAGGGACGUCCGCUUCACCAACGGGAGUGUGGUUGACUCAGAGGCAAUUGGUGGGAUCAGCAGCGACAUCAGUGAGGGGGAGGAGCCAACUCAAGGGCUCGAAACUGCAGUGCACUCUGGGAAGAGGAAGGUUCCUUCAUCUUCCCCACCACACAGGCCUCCACUGAGAAUCUGCAGUACUUGUGGAGGGAGGCAAAAUCCUGUGGCUACAGUUGUCUACACCACCACAAGGGGAGCCACUUCACCCACUUCUACUGGGUCUGAUACCCUCAGUUCCAGCCCAGCAACACCCUUCUACCCUGGGAAGGAAAUGGGAGGUCCGUUUUCUCCUGUCAGUGUGCAGGCAGAGAAGUAUACUACCUACAAAUCUAUGCAAAUGGACAAAGGGUCUGCAGCGAUGCGGCCUCCACCUUAUCCAAAUAUUAACAUUAACAGUGACCUGCCAUUGUCAUCUACACAGGAGAAGGAGGUGUCAAAACUUACCAGACAUUCAUUUACCAGGAAAUACAUGGGUGCUGCCCUUCCGCAGACAAACAAGGAUAUGCCGGACAGCCCUGUCACCAGCACAUCAUGUCCAUGUGCACAUUCAGUUACGGUGAUUCAGGAGGUGGGCACACAAACACACUCAUCCCUCUGUCCUACUUCACAAAAGCCAGUGUCACUGUCAUAUAGAGCUGAAGAAACAAGAGCCCCCAUGCUAACCCUGCCUACAAAUGCACACAAACACAGCAUAGUGGCAACACAUGCUAAAACACAUGGGCCAAGCGGGACAAGUACACACGCUAAAACGCCACACAAACCCCAUUGUAAUGGUAUGCAGCCCAAACUAGCCAGCGUUGAGGCCACACUCACACAUUCAAAACCCUUGACCUUAGUGCAUCCACACAGAAAUUCCGACAUGAAUUCUCUUCCUACCGACAGCCACCCUAAAACUUGCGAAUCAAUCACCACGGCAGCCACAGUCCAGCCCACUACACCAAAGAGCACACCCCAGACACAUGGCAUAACACAUCCUAAAGGCCCUUCCCUCACUGCACAAUCAAACCAUGCUACCACACAUCCCAAGUCUUCAGCCUCCCUGCAUUCACCCAGGAGUGCAGAGGAUCAAAGCUUAGAACCGAGUCAUCUGAAUGCAGCUUUCAAACCUUUCAGCACUUCGCACCCUAAUACAGACGUCAAACUCCCAAAUGGAUUAGAGGCCAGGCAAAAUACUCACCCAAGACCUUCCGUCUCCUCAGACGCAAAUCCAAGCGCUAAACCUCAAAGCGUAUCGCAAAUCCAUUUUUGCACGGACCCCAAGCCCCCAGCCACUUCGAACUCUAAUUACUCCAAAGCUUGUGGCACAUCCACAUACACUCAAACAUACUCAGUGACUGGCAACACAUGCCUGCACAUGGAUAUCCAAACACUGCGCUGCUCAUCACACACAAGCACACACUCCAAGCCUCCCAGCACCAUUGCAAAUACUGACAUGUCUGUAUCAGCUCAGUGCACUCUCCCACAGGUUGACACGCUUUUAAAACCUCAUAGCAUAUUGAAGAACCAGAGUGGUUCACACUGUAAACUGUCCCGCACCUCUUACACAGCCAUCCAUCCCAGCACUGCUUGUAACCCAUGUUCUGUUACGACAAUGAGCCUUUUAACCAGGACCAGCACAGCUGAAACCACUCAAGCAUUUGUAGAAGUGCAUUCGAACAGUGUGGAGCAGCCUAAAACAAGCCCUAAUGGCCUAGCAGAAGCUGUGCAAGAGGCUAAUGCUGUGUCCAUCACAGAGAAACCGGGUAACAGAAUUGGUGAAUCAUCAACAGCAGCUACAAGCUCUGUUAAAUUCUCCUCUAAAGCAGUGGCUGAGCCAGUGGCGAAUGUGAAAACAAGUCACAAAUUCCCGACAGAGGCAGAGACAGGCAUUCAUAACAUUCAUGCUGACUGCGAACUCUUCGCAACCUCGGAAUCGCAAACGGCACACCAGCAAUUUUCACCUCAGCCUUCUGUACCACCGAGGAUCCCCAACACUUUCUGCCCGCACGCUUACAGACCUCCCAAACCUUCCCAUGCACCUCCUCUCCAUCCAGCAUUUGAAUUAUUAAUCGAGGUCACCAGAAACAGAGGUGCAAAUGCAGAUUCCAAGCCAAAUCCACACCUGCCUUCUUCUCAUACUCUUUCUGGGACACAAAUACAAAACCACAACAACCUCAAAUGCACUGAACCACACAAAGGAUUAGAGACUGAUUCACAAGCCAGUAUUAUGUUGCCCAUUAGCGGAGCCAUCUCGAAUGGUCGCUGCACCCUCACACACUACCACCCUCCGUCUUUGGCCUUGCUCCUGCCCACGUCUCUUGAAUGUGGCAGGAAUCAGGACCCUCAGAAGAGGCUAGAGAAAGUGGAGGCCAGUCUGCAGGCCAACCAGGAGAGGAUCACGACCUUGCUCAACAUCAUCCAGGACCUGGAGAUGAGCCACGCACUCAGCAAAGGACGCCGCUGUUUCCGGACUGGCCAAGACCUUAGUGAAUGCUCCACCUGCCAGGAGACAGCAUGCAUCAUCUACAGUGUGGAGUAUGACUUCAGAAAACAGGAGCGACGGUUCAGGGAGGUCUUAGAGCCUCUGGAUUCCCCAGUGAGAGAGAUGCAGGAUGGAGGACACCACAUCUUUCUCUCAUUCCCCACCUCCCAGAAUCACAGCGAGGCAUCUUCGCUGCCCAGUGUCUACACAGAACCCAAGGCCAAGGCCAAAAUCAAGACCAAGAAGCUCUGUCGGAAGUUCUUUGGCUGGCUGCCGCGAAAGGUCCACAGGAAAUAGAUCAGUCCUGCUGUUCCUCUUCUCCAUGCUUCCAUUCAAAUAAUUUCUCUAUGAGGCUGAUUAACCAGAGGCAAGCUUCCAGUAUCAUGAUUCAUCCACUUGAAUGGGCCUGAUAAACCCAGAAGCCUUCUGCUUCUACUACAGUCCAGAAGAGGGACAGACCAUGUCAUUCAUUGCUGGUAUCUACGGAUGUGAAUUUGCACUAUGAGACAAGAUCCAAGUUUCAUGCUAAGUUUGAGAAUUGCAUAACUUUCUACUUGGAUGCUUUGGACCUUUCUUCUGAGUGGUGACUUCAUGUAGAGAGCAUGACGCUUGUUCUGACUGAUCAUGCUCCUCGUUUGUGGAUUUGAAAAGCAGACUUACAUGACUGUGACAGAUUUUGACAUUCACUACUUUAUUUUUUUGGAUGUUUUAAGUGGACUAUGGACCCAGAUAAAAGUGGCUACCGUGACCCUUUGUUUACCAUAUGCAUCUAAUCUUCAUAACAAUAAAGGAAAGAUUCAAGCAAA